AACCCCCCCGACGGCUCGACCUCCGCACUCAUCUUCCUCUGAUUUAUUAGGGUUUCUAACAUCGGAAUAAUUUUCCCAAAACUCGACAUCUCAGAGCUCCACUUCUGUUCAAUCGAAUUUCCGGCAAACGAAAGCAAAGAUGAGGCCGAUAUUGAUGAAAGGGCACGAGAGGCCACUCACUUUUCUCAAGUAUAACAGGGAUGGUGACCUUCUCUUCUCUUGCGCCAAAGAUCACACUCCUACUGUGUGGUUCGCAGACAACGGCGAACGAUUGGGCACAUAUCGUGGUCACAAUGGUGCCGUAUGGUGCUGCGAUGUUUCGAGAGAUUCAACACGAUUGAUUACCGGGAGUGCCGAUCAAUCAGCCAAACUUUGGGAUGUUCAGACCGGAACACAGCUUUUCACAUUCAAUUUCGAUUCCCCUGCUAGAGCUGUUGAUUUUUCCGUUGGUGAUAAGCUUGCUGUUAUCACCACCGACCCUUUUAUGGGAUUAACUUCUGCUAUCCACGUUAAACGCAUUGCUUCUGAUCCUGCUGACCAGGUCGGUGAAUCUGUACUCGUACUUAAGGGUCCUCAAGGAAGGAUCAAUAGAGCUGUUUGGGGACCUCUGAACAAGACAAUCAUUAGUGCUGGUGAAGAUGCUGUGGUUCGAAUUUGGGAUACAGAGACAGGAAAACUGCUGCAAGAAAAUGACAAGGAUAUUGGUCACAAAAAGACAAUUACUUCACUUGCAAAAUCUACUGAUGGAUCACAUUUUCUCACUGGAUCCCUUGAUAAGUCAGCUAAGCUUUGGGACAGCAGAUCAUUGACAUUGAUCAAGACAUAUGUUACUGAACGUCCAGUCAAUGCAGUUGCAAUGUCUCCACUUCUUAACCAUGUGGUGCUUGGAGGUGGUCAGGAUGCAUCUGCUGUUACCACAACUGAUCAUCGUGCUGGUAAAUUUGAAGCCAAAUUUUAUGACAAGGUUCUACAAGAAGAGAUUGGAGGGGUUAAAGGGCAUUUUGGUCCAAUAAAUGCCUUGGCUUUCAACCCUGAUGGGAAAAGUUUUUCAAGUGGUGGUGAAGAUGGUUAUGUGAGGCUGCAUCACUUUGAUCCUGACUACUUCAAGAUUCCAUCAAUUUGAUAAAAAAAAGGAAAUAUCAAGAUUUACUUUUAAAUCAUUAAAAACAUCUUUUCGGUUUUGUAGUAGAGUUGAGAUUGUGGUGAGGUAUGUUUUCACUUGGAUGUAAUUCGAGCAAGAGUAUUAUUGAAAGAUUAUUUGGAUUUGAUUCA